UUGCAGAACGGGCUUUACUCCACUGGCGGCAGUAGCUCUCACGUCUCAAUUCAGCAGUAUUCGUUCAACAAUGGCGACUGUCAAUACGAAGACGGCUACAUUAUUGAAAAUGGAGUAAGACGACAAGCCACUUCGCAAGAAGUUGACCGUAUUGCUCAAUAUAGAGAGUCUCUAAACGAGUACAUGAAACAAGUCAAUGGAUAUGUGGGUGAUUGGGUGAGCAACAUGUUUAAGAAUCUUCCCUUUAAUAUGGGACAAAGAUUCCCGAGUAUGCCAAACAUGCCGCCGAUGCCCGAGCCACCCUGUCUCUGCAGUCAGCAAACAUGUGCCCAAAUUCAACAGCAGCGAGAUGCUAUCUAUGGCUCGGCUUCACAGUUCGAUCAACAGUCAAGUCAGUAUCAAUCAAGCGGUGCGGCAUAUGGAAACACUGGUCAAUAUCAGCAGAGCCAACAAAUGCAAACACAAUACCAACAAGGAGGCUCACAAGGAUACCAGUACAAUCGUUAG